AUGUCCUACUUUUUCUCCACGCCCGUCGACAUUGACGUCGUCCUCGAGGAUGCUGACGACCGGUCCAUGGUCGACGUCAAGCUCGACAAGAACCGCCGCGAAAAGGCACCCCUAUACAUGGACGGCGAAUCCGUAAAGGGUGCCGUGACCGUCCGCCCCAAGGAUGGCAAACGCCUUGAGCACACGGGCAUCAAGGUGCAAUUCAUCGGCACCAUUGAAAUGUUCUUUGACCGCGGCAACCACUACGAAUUCUUAUCCCUGAACCAAGAGCUCGCUGCGCCCGGCGAGCUGCAACACCCGCAAACAUUCGACUUCAACUUCAAGAACGUUGAGAAGCAGUACGAGUCGUAUAAUGGCAUCAAUGUCAAGCUGCGUUACUUUGUGCGCGUCACCGUCUCCCGCCGCAUGGCCGACGUCAUUCGCGAAAAGGACAUUUGGGUCUACAGCUAUCGCAUCCCCCCCGAGAUGAACAGCAGCAUCAAAAUGGACGUUGGUAUCGAGGACUGUCUGCACAUUGAAUUUGAGUACAGCAAGAGCAAAUACCACCUCAAGGACGUUAUUGUCGGCCGCAUCUACUUUUUGCUGGUACGGCUCAAGAUUAAGCACAUGGAGCUGUCCAUUAUCCGGCGAGAGACGACGGGUGCCGCGCCCAAUCAGUACAACGAGAGCGAGACGCUGGUGAGAUUUGAGAUUAUGGACGGCUCGCCGUCGAGAGGAGAGACGAUUCCCAUCCGGUUGUUCCUGGGAGGGUUUGAUCUGACGCCAACGUUUCGCGAUGUCAACAAGAAGUUCUCGACGAGAUAUUACCUCAGCUUGGUGCUGAUUGACGAGGAUGCCCGCCGUUACUUUAAACAAUCCGAAAUCAUCCUGUUCCGCCAGGCUCCUGACGGCUUACCCGAAAACAAUGCCGGCGGUCUUCAGCCACUUCCCGCUCCAAACGAGGCCAAACUAGCCGCCGCUCAAGCUGCCGCCGCCCAGGGAUAG